ACGACCCGCUCGCCGCUCCACCACCCCUCUGCAGUCCGUCCACAGCUCUCCACCGCGUGGCGAGGCAGGCAGCGAGCGACUCCCCUGUCCCUGACCCCCUCUCUGCUCCCCCGUCCGUUCCGCCCGCCGCCGGGCGCGCUUGUGUCGGUGUGGUUCUCGGUUGAUGCAGCAGCGGGGCCUCGCCCACAACCGCCGCUCCCGCGGCUUCUCCCGCUCCCGCCUCGCCGUCGAGGGCGCCUAAACGCACGAACCCCCCCACGCCAACCAACACACACACACACAAAAAAAAAAAACCCCUCCAAAAAUCCAGAGGCUCGCUCGCGCAAAAACUUUCUGAAAGAACGAACAGAGAACAGAGGAAAACACCAAAGGGAUCGUCGAGAUGGACGCCCCGGUGGUGGCCGUUGCGAACGGGAUCGGUGAGGUGGAGCGGAAGGUGCAGAAGAGCUACUGGGAGGAGCACUCCAAGUCCCUCACCGUCGAGUCCAUGAUGCUCGACUCCCGCGCCGCCGACCUCGACAAGGAGGAGCGCCCUGAGAUCCUGUCUUUACUUCCAUCUUACAAAGGGAAAUCAGUUCUAGAGCUUGGUGCCGGAAUAGGACGCUUUACUGGAGAUCUGGCAAAAGAAGCUGGUCACGUUCUAGCACUGGAUUUUAUUGAAAGUGUCAUUAAGAAGAAUGAAAGCAUAAAUGGACAUCACAAGAACAUAACCUUCAUGUGUGCUGAUGUAACAUCUCCCAACUUGAAGAUUGAAGACAACUCUUUUGAUCUGAUAUUCUCAAACUGGCUACUAAUGUACCUUUCAGAUGAGGAGGUUGAGAAGCUUGUGGGGAAAAUGGUAAAAUGGUUAAAGGUCGGUGGCCACAUAUUCUUUAGAGAAUCAUGUUUUCACCAAUCUGGAGAUUCGAAAAGGAAAGUGAACCCAACACACUACAGAGAACCAAGGUUUUAUACUAAGGUAUUUAAAGAGGGCCAUUCGUAUGAUAAGAAUGGAGAUUCUUUUGAACUUUCUCUAGUGACUUAUAAGUGUAUCGGGGCUUAUGUAAAAAACAAGAAAAAUCAAAACCAGAUAUGUUGGUUAUGGGAAAAGGUAAAAUCAACAGAAGACAAAGAUUUUCAAAGGUUCCUGGACAACGUGCAAUACAAAACUAAUGGAAUCCUACGUUAUGAGCGUAUCUUUGGUGAAGGUUAUGUGAGCACUGGUGGAGUUGAAACUACUAAGGAAUUUGUGGAUAUGCUGGAUCUUAAACCUGGCCAGAAAGUACUUGAUGUUGGAUGUGGAAUUGGAGGAGGUGAUUUUUAUAUGGCUGAGAACUACGACGUCCAUGUUCUUGGUAUCGAUCUUUCCGUUAACAUGGUUUCCUUUGCAAUGGAACGUGCCAUUGGACGCAAGUGCUCUGUUGAGUUUGAAGUUGCUGAUUGCACCACAAAGGAUUACCCAGAAAAUAGUUUUGACGUUAUCUACAGCCGUGACACCAUCCUUCACAUACAAGACAAACCUGCUUUGUUCAGAAGCUUCUUCAAAUGGCUGAAACCCGGUGGCAAAGUCCUAAUCAGUGAUUACUGUAAGAAUCCUGGGAAGCCAUCUGAAGAAUUUGCUGCAUACAUUAAGCAGAGAGGUUAUGACCUUCACGAUGUGAAGGCUUAUGGAAAGAUGCUCGAGGGUGCUGGUUUUCAUGAUGUCAUUGCAGAAGAUCGCACUGAACAGUUCCUGAGUGUUCUACGGAGGGAGCUAGCUGAAGUCGAGAAGAACAAAGACGCUUUCGUGGCAGACUUCACCCAGGAGGACUAUGACGACAUUGUGAACGGCUGGAACGCGAAGCUGAAGCGGAGCUCUGCCGGUGAGCAGAGGUGGGGGCUGUUCAUUGCCACCAAGUGAUUCAGCCUGGCACCGGAGGGCUCUUCCGAAUAAGAAUGGGUGUUGCUGUGGCUUCUGCUUCUAGACCGGUGAUUCGGUCUAGAAGUAGAGGAUCUUCAGAAUAAAAAGGGUGCUCUUGUUGUUGUAUCGACGCUACUAGGAUAUCAGUUGGAUAAACUGUGCACCCAAGGUUGCAUUCGUACUGCUCGUUUCAGUUCAUGUGGUGUACUGCGAGCUAGUAAGAUUGUUGUCAGUCGAUGUCACCUGGUCACCGGGCUCCUGUGUCCUCAAUUCAGAUGUGCUUUGCUACGUGCUAUUCGAAAGUAUGUGUCGCUUUUGUGCUAUUCUUUUGGUUGAAGAAGGAUAGCGACACAAGUACUGCGUAUGUACUGCGAUGCGCAAAAGAGAAGUUGAUUCAUAGCCA